AUGCCUGUAGAAGAAGACGAGUCACUCGCCGACGCUACGUUCCUCGAGCUGUUGCACACAGCUGGACACCCUUCAUCGAGCGAUGCACUCUCAAGUGAAGAGCUCGCGUCAGCUCUAGGGAUCGAUGGACCACUGAGCAAGGAAAGAGCAUUGGAACUGCUGGAGAAGGAGGUGCUAGCUUCUGUGGAGAGUUUACAAGGUGAUGAGCUUUGGAGAUGGCAGGUUCAACCUCCAGUAGACCUGCCGAUCCCACCUCUGACGCUGAGACCACUUUACCAAACACAUACUGUCACACCUUCGUACAAGGGUAUAGACGGUACUUUCACCCAUUGGCGAGAAGGUCUAGCACCCAAACCACCUGCUCAUCCCACAUUAUCCUCUUCGACAACCCGAGCACCAGGAUCUCUACAGAAUUUCGUUAGAGGAAAGGGAAGCUAUGCACCCUUUUUACCUGGUGGAUUAGAGGCCGCUGCCAAGCCUGAAGAAGAGGAGAAUGAACAGGAGGAAGAGGAAGAAGACGAAGGGUGGAAGACUAGAGCUCCGGGGAUGAGAAGGGGAAUCAAGCUUGAGGGGGCCGACGAAUUCCUGGCGGAAAUGCUAGGCCAACAGUCUAUAGCGCCUAAAGCUAAGCGAAGGAGGAAAGAGGGGGAGUUUGAACCUCAGUUAACAAUCUCUAGAUUAGGAGAUGAAGAUGCAGAGGAAGAAGUGGAGCAAAUCAGUACAAACGGUCACGCAGGACCAAGUAGUAAGAAUGUGGAUGAUCUAUUGCCCAUAGGCCGACUUCCCGCUCCUCCACCACCGAGAAGACAAUUCAAGGCUGCUGUACAUAAGGAAUGGGCGCAUGUAGUAGAUGUCAAUCAGCGGCUUGUCAAUUUCAACGAGCUCGUCCCAGAAAUGGCAAGAGACUACCCCUUCGAACUUGAUAACUUCCAGAAAGAAGCUGUAUACAGAUUGGAAAUGGGAGAUAGUGUCUUCGUUGCCGCACAUACCUCAGCUGGUAAGACUGUUGUAGCGGAGUAUGCUAUCGCCUUGGCAGCGAAGCACAUGACGAAAGCUAUCUAUACAUCCCCUAUCAAAGCUUUAUCGAAUCAGAAAUUCCGAGAUUUCAAGACCACCUUCGACCCUUCGACUGUCGGUAUUUUGACUGGAGAUGUGCAGAUCAACGCGGAGGGUAGUUGCUUGAUUAUGACCACCGAAAUUCUACGAAGUAUGCUUUACAAAGGGGCGGAUCUGAUCAGAGAUGUGGAGUUUGUCAUUUUUGAUGAAGUGCAUUACGUGAACGAUGCUGAGCGAGGAGUUGUAUGGGAGGAAGUGAUCAUCAUGUUACCAGAACAUGUCAAUAUAAUAUUGCUUUCUGCUACGGUUCCGAAUACCAAAGAGUUCGCGGAUUGGGUAGGCCGAACCAAGAAGAAAGAUAUCUAUGUCAUCUCGACACCUAUGCGACCUGUUCCAUUGGAACAUUUCCUCUGGGCCGGUAAAGACAUACAUAAGAUCGUAGAUUCUAAAUCGCAUUUCCUCGGUGAUGGAUACAAGAGUGCUCAGGAAGCUUCAAGGAGGAAACAAGAUAAGGAACGAGAAGCCAACGGAUUACCACCUGUACAACGAACGGGUGGUAGAGGAGGAGCACCGACCAGAGCCAAAGAUCUACCUACGGGCAAGAAUGCGCCUUUCACGAAGAUCGGGGCGGGACGUACGCAUACUAAUCGAGCGGGUGGGAAUGGUGCGCCUGCACCUGCUGUUGCCUCUCGAGGAGGAAGAGGAGGUGGGAGAGGUGGCUUUGGUGGAAGAGCAAGUCACCAAUUGGACCAAAAUGUCUGGACACACCUUAUCAAUUACCUCAAGAAGAACUCAUUAUUGCCUGUCGUCAAUUUCGUGUUUAGUAAGAAGCGAUGUGAAGAGUAUGCUCAAACGCUUGGGGCGAUGGAUCUCAACAGCGCAAAAGAGAGGAGUGAAGUCCAUUUGACGUGGGAAAGGGCUUUGACUAGGUUGAAGGGGUCCGAUAAGACUUUACCUCAAAUCUUGAGGAUGAGGGAUUUGCUUAGUAGAGGUAUAGGUGUACAUCAUGGUGGAUUGUUACCUCUGGUGAAAGAGGUGGUUGAGUUACUGUUUUCACGAGGGCUCGUCAAAGUAUUAUUCGCAACCGAAACAUUCGCUAUGGGAGUCAACAUGCCAGCUAAAUGUGUAGUCUUCUCUGGUAUCCGAAAACAUGACGGAACAUCUUUCCGAAACCUCUUACCAGGUGAAUAUACUCAAAUGGCUGGAAGAGCCGGACGAAGAGGACUGGACACAACCGGAACUGUCAUCUUAUUAAGUGGAGAAGAAUUACCCUCAGUCACAGAAUUGAACGAGAUGAUGUUGGGUACUCCGAAUAGAUUAUCAUCACAAUUCAGAUUAACAUAUAAUAUGAUAUUGAACUUAUUGAGAGUGGAAGCGCUUAAGGUGGAGGAGAUGAUCAAAAGGAGUUUCUCGGAGAAUGCCACGCAAAAAAUGGCUCCAGAACAACAAAGACAGAUUGCUCAUGCGGAAAAGCAAUUAUCCAGAUUACCUAAUGUCGAGUGCGAUGUCUGUAAAACGGAUAUUGAUGCGUUCUACGAGCUCUCUUCAGAAGUGGUCAGACUCAAUCAAUCAAUCUUUAAGCAGGCUUCGUACGCUCAGAAUGCAACUAAGAUAUUCGUCCCUGGAAGAGUCGUGAUCUUGCGUAAUGGUCAUCUGCCUGGGAAUCUCGCGAUCUUACUUCGAAGUGCGACUAGCCUCACAACUGAUGGAGUUAAAUCCGAUGCGAAAGCUUGGAGGAUGUUGGUCCUUGUUACUCCAGGCCAGAGAUCAAGGAAGGAAGAUGUCAAGGAAUCCGAAGUGCCUCCUCGUUGGCCGCCUGUCUUACCUAAAGGUUCUUUCCCUAAUCCUCAAUGGGAGAUCGGUGUCUACGAUACUACCAGUUUGUCCUUUGUUGUGAACCGUAUACUCAAAGUCGACCAUUCCGGUAUCGUCGAUAAGAGCAGUAAAGAUUCACGAGACAAAGCGUUACACGACUUGACGAUUUUACAUGAAGAACUAUCGUCUGUUCCUGAAUUACCAGAAGUCGAUUGGUCAAGAAUCAGAGCUGUCGAAUUUGUCGACGCGAUCAGACAAAGGGCAAUUCUACAUGAUAGGUUGAACAAGCUGGGCUGUCAAUUAUGUAGUGAUUUCCAAGAACACUACUCGAUCCUACAUGAGCGCAAAGUAGUCGAGUCUGGACUAGUCGCCCUUAAGUUAUCUCUGUCCGAUCAGAACCUAGAACUAUUACCAGACUAUAAUUCCCGAGUGGAAGUUCUCAAGAAAUUGCAAUUCAUCGAUGAGAACUCUACGGUACUCCUGAAAGGUAGAGUAGCAUGUGAGAUCAAUUCUGCACCAGAAUUGAUUCUGACGGAAUUGAUAUUGGAGAACAUCCUGAGCGAAUAUGAACCUGAGGAAGUCGUUGCGUUACUCUCUAUCUUUGUUUUCGUUGAGAAAUCAGACUCUCAACCUGUUAUUCCACCGAAGAUCCAACAGGGGUUAGAAGUGAUUUACAAGAUUGCGGAUCAAGUUGAGAGAGAACAGGAUAAAUGUAGUGUGCAGUAUGAUCAGUUUGAUGAGAAGUAUAAGGUAGGGUUGGUUGAGGUUGUUUAUGAGUGGGCGAAAGGAAUGCCAUUCAACCAAAUUACCGAACUCACCGAUAUACCCGAAGGAACCAUUGUGCGAGUCAUCACGCGUCUAGACGAGACGUGUAGAGAGGUCAGAGACGCAGCGAGAGUGAUCGGUGAUGCGGAACUGUUCCAGAAGAUGGAAGCUGCUCAGGCGUUGAUCAAGAGGGAUAUCGUCUUCGCUGCUAGUUUGGUAAGUUUUCCGUUUCACUGA